AUGUGGAUGGGUGGUAUACAUGCGUUGUUGAUGUUGCUGAUUGGUAAAGUUAGCCAGUCGUACACCAUUCGGCGGAGUGGUGUAUACUAUAGUCUCCGCUGAUGGAUAGUCGAGCUUUGGAUCCGGUAGCAAAUUUAUUCCACCCGACCCAGUGCCGGACCCCGUUGUCUUCGAACCAACCCCUCGAAAACGGGCUUGCGUGGUCCCAUCGGAGCCUAUAGGCUUCGCAACAGCCAUAGUUGGCUCAUCAGGGAUUGGUGCCUCUGGCACUUGGGGACAUUGGCCUCCUCCUUUGGACACGUACUCCAUAAGGGUUCGUGAGCGAGCUGUACCUUGUGAAGGAGCUCGCCUUGACACCUCUUGCAGGCUGAGGUUAUGUGGUUGACGGGCAGCUGCUCGCGAAGCCUCUUCGGAUUCGAUUGACCUCUGCUUUGACUGCAAAGGGUUCAGAUGUGGUGCAACUAA